AUGCACUCCAAAUUUGUCGCCAUAGUGGGCCUGUGUGUCGCUGCUUCUAUUCUGCAUGCGACUGACGCUGCUAAUAGAAUGCCCCCACGUCGUCAACUCGGGUCUUACAAGGACUACGGCCACAGCCAGCACAAGCACGACCACGACCGCAAGAAACACCACCACCACGACAAGAAGGACCACUCGCGCUACUACCGUCGUCGCCUGGACGGUAAGGACGCCAAGGCUACCGAUUAUAAGGACACCAAGGCUACCGAGUCUUCCGACUACAGCUACGGCAAAGACGAUUAUGGUCACAACCACGACCACCACGGCUAUGGUCAUGAUGACUAUGGUCACGAUGACUGUGGCCGCGAUAGCUACGGCCACGAUGAUUAUAAGCAAAGUGACUACACGCACAAAGGCUACGGAUACGGUAGCGGCGACGACUACAAGGGCUAUGGUAGCGGCUACAGCUACAGCUAUAAUAGCUAUGGAGGCGACUCCGACGACUACUACGGUCACGGCAACGACUACUACCCUGAUUACUACUCGUCAUAA